GUGAAGGCAAUUUAAUUAUUUAUUUAACGGGCCCAACCGACCAAUUAAAAAAAAUUGCAUAAAGAAAUAUGAAUAAAAAUGUAUUGCCCCACUUUCCUUUUCUUUAUCUUUUUUUUGUUUAGAGGCUUUAAUGUUUUUCCUAUGUUUAUUAUUUGUUUAUUUGUGUUGACUUUCGAUUAGAUCAUCAAGGUGACAAUGGGUUGCCGCCUUUAGCAAAUCUUCUCACUCCAGGAUUCCAGCCUGAAAUGAACGUAAAGGGCACAGCUAACACUCUUUCAGGGUCCACAAUACCGUUUGAUGUAAGAGUUGUGUACGGAUCAUCAGGGAUCAAUGACAGGAAAUUAUUCAGCUGAUUUUUGAUAUAACAUGAGUACAAUAAUUUCCGUCUGCCAACCCUAUAUUUUUUUUAUAAUUAUUUUUAUUCUGCCAGAUCUAUAGCCCAAAAGAAUAAUCUUCACUGCCUGUAGAACAAUUUAAUAAAUUGCAUUUACCUUAGGGUAAAAAAAUACCCUAAUGAAUCGUUCACAUCAUUUUCUAAGCGCCCUUCUCUCUAAUAAGCCCCAAGGUAAUUUCCUUAAGGGUAGAUAAACAACCACUUAUAAGGUCCCCCUUAAUUAUUCUCCCAGCCUAUAUGGGCACCUAAUCGAAGACUGCCUUAAGAAACUGAACACUUAUUUGAAUUUUACUCUCUUAUUAGGAAAAAGAAAUGCAUCUUAUGUUGUAAACAUCUUAUCUGCCGAUGAUGUUGAUGUUGAAACUAAAAAAAUAUAGAAAGACAUUUUGUUACUUUUUUUGUUCAUAUUUUUCAGAGAACAAUAGAAAUGAAAAUUACUGUCAUCUUUGAUUCUACAAAAGUGCCCAGCACUUAUGAAGUAUAUCAAAGAAAUAUCAUUGUCAAGCCAAUUAACCAUACAGUAUGGAAUUUCAGAACAGUAAUGUUUUUUAAAAGUUGAGCACUUGUUCAGAUCGUUAUGAGAAAUUAAUGAAUUGAUCUGGAUUUUUAAGACAAUCGUUGCGGAAAAAUAAUUCUGAUCAUUUGGUGUGAAGUAAAUAACAAUCAGUUUAGAAACAUCUAAAUGUCUACAAUAACAGUGAAAGAUAAUAAUUUAGAUAUCAUAACACCUACAAAGGACUCACUUACUGACGUAGAAACAAAAGAUAACAUUUGCCCUGUAACAGGUUGUGGUCAAAAGUUUCGUAACUCUUCUGCGCUUCGAUUCCACGUUAAUAAAAGGCAUGGUGAUAAGUCAUUUAUGGCAACUGCUAAUUCUAACAGAGCAAGAAAAUUUGCUUGUCCAGUGAAAGGAUGUUCUAGGCAUAUAACAUCAGAAAGACAAUGGUUUUUUGCCUCAAUGUUUCAAUUAAAAAAGCAUUAUCAGAGCAUUCAUGCAGAAAAAAAGUACAAAUGUCAGAAAUGUGAAAAGAAGUUUGGUUGUCGUUACAACUUUGCCAUCCAUGAAGAUAGAUGUCAGCGGCUAUUUUAUUGUUCAUGUGGCGCAUACUAUACCACACAGCAAGCAGUGCAAACACAUGCACUUCGCAGAGGAACAGAUCACAAUGUGAUUGGAGAAAAGGAUGAUUCACCUCCUGCAAGUAAAAACAAAAUAAUUAACAACGUUAUUAUUCCUGCUGUGUUAUACAUUCCAAAAUCAACUUUAUCUACUUCAAAUGACGUAAGGACAUCUAAUUCACAUAUUGUAAAAAGAACAAAAGAGAAACUAAUUUUGCCAAAGCCAGAUCCAAAACAGUUGGAACUUACAAUGUGCCAAAGGAAUGAUAAUUCUUUUGAUAAAAUGCUUCAAAAUUUUUCCAAUGAAAUUACUGUACAAACUUGCAACCUUAGUCAAUCAACAGCAGAUUGUGUUAACAAUGCUAAAAACAUUGAAAAUAAACAAGACAUGGUUUCCAAAAUUGAAACAGAUUUAGCAGAUCAGACAAUAGAAUAUGACAAACCUAAAACUGUUACAAAAGAAAAGCUUACAGCAUUUGAAAGGAAAAUGUUAUAUUUAGCAUCUGAGGAAGCGCAGAAUGUUCUUGCAGAUCCUAUGUUGAUCUGCGAUACAAUAAUACGAAAAACAGUGGAAACUGAAGUUAAAAAGAAGAAAUGCAGGUGUAAAAAAACUAUGUGCAAGCAUAUUGAUAAAAAAUUAAUGUCAUUAUCAAAAUAUUAUAAUUUGAUACAGAAUACUCCAGAAACAAAUACAGCAGACAUAUCUUGUGGCAGUGCACUACUAACAAAUAACAGUGUAGGUUCCUUCUCACAAUUUGGACAAGCAGAAAAUACACCUAAUCCGAUCAUGCAUUCAGAUAUUGAUACUCAAACCAAUCAAAUCAUUCAUUAUGAUGGUUUACCAACUGUUGAUGUUUUGGAAACAUCUGACUUUAGUAUGCAAUGCCAGCUUCCUUCAGGAAGUGAAUUGAUGACUAAUUCCUGCAUAGGAGCUGAUACUCAAACUCAAACUGAAAACUGUAUGAACUCUUGGCUGAACACUUUAUCCUACCUUAGUGCUACGAACCAUAUUGAAACUCAAACUAGCUAUCAUACUCGAAAUAAUUUAACACAAACAGAAGUUGUGCAAACAAACAAUAGUCCAAUGCUCCUUGACAAAUCUAUUCAACUUGAUGAUUUGUGGGAUAACAAUACAAUAGGCUCAGAUAGUUUAUUUCUCUCUGACUCUACAAAUAUUGGCACACAGACAGCGUUUGAUGAAAACUGGUUGUUUCGUAGUCUUGGUACAGAUCUGUUGAAUGAUCAAAAUAGCAUGUCAACUCAAACUACCUGUGAUUUACUCGAUAUUGAUUUUAAUAUUGAAAAAAAGGAUCAAAGCUCACAAUAUAUUUCAACAUCUUUUACAACAUCCCAGGGGGAGACUAAGACCCUACAGGAUGCUCUGGGCAAGUCUCAUAACAAUGAUAAUCUAGAUAGAAGUAAUGUUUAUUCAUCUAGCACACAAACAUUUGGAUAUCUUACUGACAUUUUUGAAGGAAGUUCUGGUGCAACAAAAAGCAGCUGUGAAACACAAACACUGAUUUCCUUUUAUGAUCUUCUCGAUACAUCCUUUAUUGAUGACUAUCUUAACGAAGAAAAGAAGACCUCUUCAAUAGAAACUCAGACUCACAGUGGUUCAGAACUUAACCCUGGACAUUCUAAUUGAAAUAGAAAAAAAAAUUUAAAUUCAAAUCACAAAUAACAGAGUAAGAAUGAGAGAAUAUAAAAUGAAGUUUGAAUAAAA